AUGUUCACGCAAUGUGUAUUAUUUUUUUCUUUGAAACGGUUUCGUGUUUGCAGUACCAAUAGCUCCGCUGCACAAUACAGCACUCUUCAGAGAGGAGUCUUCAACCAGGCCUUCCCACAACCAAACGAGUCAAAAAUAAAAUACGAUCAUUUUGAAGCAUUGCCCAUAAAGAUUCUAUAUUUGCCAAUAUUUGCAACUAGAUCCUUCUCAUCUCUCUCCACACUCCAUCGGCAUCCCAUCUCUCCUGCAUUAUCUGCGAUGGCCCAAAUCCAUCAGCUACCUACAACACCAAUGGUCUCAGAAACAAGUGCCUUUGUGCGCAAAUUGGCACAUAACGAUGCUGCCGUCAGAAGCGCCGCCUUCAAAUCACUUUGUGCCUUCUUGACCUCCAAGAGUCUGGCCCAGCUCGACCUCUUAGAGUUACAGAAAAUAUGGAAGGGCCUCUACUUCUCUAUGUGGUACUGUGACAAACCGAUUCCACAACAAGACCUCGCUGGUAACUUGGGAAAGCUUUAUUCUGAGGUCAUUCCAGCGAAGCAGUUGGAGUUGUUCCACAAGGCUUUUUGGGCAACACUUCUGAAACAAUGGCACUCGAUAGAUAAAUGGAGAAUCGACAAGUACUUGAUGUUGGUCAGAAGAGUGCUUAGGCACAUGUUGUUCCGUCUCAGUUCUGAGGACUGGUCGCAGGAGAAAAUCGAUCUGUUUUUGCUGGUGUUGAAUGAAUAUCCAUUGGGCGCCGAUCCUAAGUUCCCUCAAUCGUUGACAUACCAUGUUUGUGACAUUCUUCUAGACGAAAUUGAAUAUGUUGUUUUCAAGGAUUUCAGAACAUACAGUGAAGAAAAUGAUGUCGACGAUGAUGAAGACGAUGAAGAUGACGAGGAUGAUGAGGAUGAUGAAGAUGAUGACAGCGACAAGGAAGACGAUGUGCAGAUGGAAAAGGACCAAGACGUCGAAGAAAGCAUUACACAAGGAUUAUCAGAGGAAGAACUCGCAGCCAAGCGCAAGGCUGUUGCCGACGCUACUCCCAUCGCCACUUUGAUCGCACCUUUCCAAAAACUAGCACUCACUGCCAAGAACAAGGCUUUGAGAAACAAAAUCCAGGAAGAGAUCCUUGAUGAUGAGAGAUUGAAGUUGUGGGGUGUUUUAGAAGACGACGCCGAGGAGAAUUCGGAUGACGAAUGGAACGGGUUUAAUUAG